AUGAUGGAGUUGAUUUCGGGUCUACCAGAGGACGUAGCACGGGGCUGUCUGAUUCGAGUGUCGUACCAGCAGUUCUCCACGGUGGCGUCGGUGUGCAGGCUCUGGAAAUCGGAGAUUCACGCGCCGGAGUUCCACCGUCAACGGCGUAGCACAAAGUACGCUCAGAAGCUCAUAACGAUUGUUCAGGCACGCGGUGAGCCGGGAACCGGUUCGACCAAGCGCGUCACAAACCCGGUUUACCGUCUCAGCGUUUUCGAACCGGAAACGGGUCACUGGACCGAGCUGCCACCACCGCCCGAGUUUUAUUCCGGGUUACCCAUGUUCUGUCAGUUAGUGAGUGUCGGGUAUGAUCUUGUCUUGUUGGGCGGGUUGGACCCGAGUUCGUGGAGAGCAUCGAAUUCUGUGUUUGUGUACAAUUUCUUGUCGGCGAAGUGGCGCCGCGCCGCGGACAUGCCGGGUGGGCCCCGAACCUUUUUCGCGUGCGCGUCGGAUUCUGAGGGGACGGUUUUUGUCGCCGGCGGACACGACAACGAGAAGAACGCGCUUCGUUCGGCGCUGGCUUAUGAUGUUAACUCGGACCGGUGGGUUUCGCUUCCCGACAUGGCGGCGGAGCGCGACGAGUGCAAGGGCGUUUUCCGCCGCGGGAGGUUCAUCGCCGUCGGGGGCUACCCAACGGAGACGCAGGGAAGGUUCGGCACGAGCGCGGAGGCCUUCGAUCCUGCCACAUGGCGCUGGGUCGAAGUGAAAGAGGACUUCCUGGAUUGCGCCACGUGUCCGAGGACGUUUGUGAACGGUGGAGAUGACGAGGCGGUGUUCUUGUGCAGCGGCGGGGACUUAAUCUCGCUGCGCGGGGACACGUGGCAGAAGAUGGCAACUGUCCCGAGGGAGAUACGCAACGUGGCUUACGUUGGGGCGUUGGGUGGGACGCUGGUGUUGAUUGGAUCUAGCGGCUACGGUGAAGUCCACGUGGCUUUUGGUUUGGAUUUGGAGAGCUGCAAUUGGAGGAAACUUGAGAGCCCAGAGGGGUUCAGGGGCCAUGUUCAAACCGGUUGCGUUUUGGAGAUUUAG